AUGCUGGUGGGUUUAUGCCGUGAUGCCAGUAUCGUGGUGAGGUCGUCCGCCAUAGCAGCUCUCGGCGAGAUGGUGGGUCGCGCUCCAAGCGAGGCCUCGCUGGACGCCUUUCUCACCGGGCCCAUGCACCAGCUGUCCGAUCCUGAAACUAAGAUUCAGGAGCAAGUGGUAACACUGAUCCAACAGUUGUUAAUGGCUCGCUUCAAGAAGUACGAUGCUCAUUCUGCCGAGGACCCUCUGCCCUGGCUGUUCCUGGCUGGCGUUACACGACACAACCUACGGAGACAUCUACAGAAGGCUUGCACGCUAUUGGUUAAAUCAUCCAAUUAUAUUAAUCAUCGUAUAGUGGACAUAUUAAGUACCCACUUAAACGUCAAGGACGCCGAGCGUGACCUACAAUGUCUUGUGUUGUUGACGAGUGUGGCGCGACACGUUGUUUACUCUGAUAUUGGAUUUUUACUUGACUAUUAUUACCAUCUGACCGAAAAGGAGGGUUACGACACGCGCCUGCUGUUGUUACUGCUGGAGCUGCUGGCGGCCUGGUGCAGGUGUCUGAAGGAAGACGACCGGAGGACGCUCAGGGAACACCUGGUGACUAGACUAGCAGCUGCUAGCGAUGACGGUUGUAGAACAGCGUGUGCGUCUCUGGCAGCUCAGUUGGAUCCAGAGAAUCUUCAAUGGGCGACCGAACUCAUGCAGAUAGCGGAGAAGCGCGCGGUGGCCGGAAAUGACGUUGGCGAGUGGCUGCGCGCGGCGGACGUGUCCCUAGUGGCGCCCGCCCCGCCCUCGCCAAGGCUUCUGCGGCUUUUCCUCACCGCCCUCACCGAUCCGCCCCCCGAGUGGGGUCCGGUACAGCUAGGGUUGUGUGCGGCGGGAGCUGGUCGUCUGUGUCUUAGAUCACGUGAAGCGGCUUCAGCGCUCGCCCCGGCGCUGGCAGCCCUGCUGAAGGAUGAUAAUGAAGCGGCUUCUAUAAACGCAUUACUGGCGCUUACAGAUAUCUGUACACGAUACUCGUGUAUAGUGGAGUCGCUGCUCGAGUCUGUGUGUGAGUGUCUGUCGUCUAAGGCAGCGCCCCCUCUAAGACGCGCGGCCGCUCGCUCGCUCACAAGACUAUUCCUCGCAGGAUAUUUAAGAUUACGGACACCCUUGUAUUACCGUUAUUGUGCCUUGUUGGCUGACGAGGAUCACGACGUUCGUGAGCCGGCGGAGUACUACGUGUCAUGCUGCCUCACUGUAGACGCCAUCUAUCAUCACUUUGUUGACUGUGUGCUGCAUUACAACAGAGAAGAUACAGAGUCCAUAUCAUUCGAUUCCCGCCAGUUAAUCUACGACGUGAUGCUACAGCGCAUGUCGUUGGUCCAGAAGCUGAACGUCCAGUGUCGCCUGGCGCGCGAGGUGUUGGAGCACGCGGCCGACCUGUGUGACGAAUUUACCGAGCGAGACCAUGACCUACCGCGAGGACUGAACGACGCGCUGCUCGACACUAUCACGCUGCUGUGUGGGCCGAGGAUGAAGCUGCCCAAAAAACCAGAGAAGGCUGGCGAUAAUGACUUGGACGAUCUUCAGGAACGUGUAACAACUAAUAUAGUGUCCCAUAAAAUGAAGCGUACGGUAGCGGAGGUGUUAGUACCGGCUGUAUUGAGACUGUAUAGUCACCUGCGACCGCGAGGGGGACAAGUGGCCGCCUACCUCGUGAGAAUAGCUACUGACCUGCUCAAUGAUUACAGGCUUGAGAUCGAGGAACUGAUAGUGAACGACGAGGAGCUGGUGGGUCGCGUGCAGCAGUUCCAGGAGACCAUCGGCCUGGAGCCCAUCGGGAACGAGAGGAACCUGGUGACCACGUCCGCCCCUCCAGACCCGGACACGCCGCGCGCCAGGAAGAGGCCCCACAGACAACAGGCACACUCACACAGGAAGAGGGCGCUCCGGAUAUAG